AUGGCGCGCAACGCAGAAAAGGCGCAGUCCAUGCUCUUCCGCUUCCGCGCCCAACAAGCCAGCGACCUCGGAAUCCUCGACAUCAACAAGACCCGCCGCCCCAAAGCCAUCAGCGCGCAAGAGCAUAUCCCCACCUGCGAGCGAUGGCGCGGUCAAGUGCUGAAAGAAAUCUCGCGCAAAGUCACUAAGAUCCAAGACCUUGCCUUAAGCGACUACCAGAUCCGCGACAUCAACGAUGAACUCAAUAAGCUGUUUCGAGAGAAAUGGCAGUGGGAGAUGCGGAUACGCGAGCUGGGUGGGCCGAAUUAUAUGAGGGGCGGUGGGAGGGUGACGGAUGAGGAGGGGAGGGUUAUCGAGGGAGGUGGGAAGGGCUAUAGGUAUUUUGGACGGGCGAGGGAGUUACCGGGGGUGAAGGAGUUGUUUGAGCAGGCAGCGCAGAAGGGAAAAGAGGAAGGUGAGGGCAAGAAGGGUGGGGAGGUGAGAGCGGAUUUGAGGAGUAGGGUUGAUGCCGGGUAUUACGGGUAUAACUUGGACGAGGAGGAUGGAGAGCUGCUGACGUACGAGGCGCAGAAGGAGAAGGAGGCGUUUGAGACGUUGAUGGCGGAGGAUGAGAAGGCGGAUCCGGAGUGGGAGCCUUUGCCGGGAGAUGUUGGGGAUGGGGUGGUAUGGAAGCUACCCACGGCGGAGGAAGUGGAGACUGAGCUGCUUGAGAGGAGAAAGCGAACGCUGCUGGAUAAGCUGUGA